GCAUUAUUAUUCUUAUUUAUUUUAAUAACUAAUAAUAUCAGGUUAUGUAUUGCUUUGGUUUCCUUAUUCUCUUCUCGAAGGUUGAGGGCAGGCGCCUGUUCGGGAAAAAUCUAAAGAGAGAGAAAAUCGAGUUUACGCUGACUACGUUAAUGGCGGUUAGGGUUUUCUGUUGAUCCUCCUAAACGACAUCUCUCCCGCCUACUUUCACACCGUUCGCUUUGUCCUUCUUCUCGUAUUCCUAUAACCCUAAUUCGACCUCCUUCUCUUUCAAUUUCUUCGAUUCAAUCUUUUCGAAUUGGCUUUUUUUUUUUUUUUUUUUUUUGGGAUUUUGGAAUUUUGAUGCGAGAGUGGAGAGCUGGGAUGGGCGCACCAGAGAAAUCGCAAACCAACCACAGUUCGAUGCAGCUUGAGCUUGCUUUUGAUUUUGAAUUUAAAGCGAUGGAGUUGUUUUGUUCAAUUUAAUUAGGUUUUCGGUGUUUUUAGCCCCCCUCCCUCUUUUUUUUUCUGGUGGGCAAAGUUCGUACUUUAUACUUUCUAUUUCAUAUACUACAUGGUCAAAUUUGAGUGGAGAUUUGUAUACUGUAGCUGGGUUUUAGCAGGAUAUUUGAGAUUUGAUUUGCCAGGCGGGGAAGUGAAAUUGGUUUAAAAUCACUAUUUUUGUGCUUUUAUAUCAAUUUUUUGCAUUAUACACCAAUCAAUUGUAUACCAAGAAAUAUUGUUAAUUGAGGUUCUAGGUUGGAAGUCUAUGGCAUACUCUAAGCAGUUGAUACAGAAGUUUAAUAUAGUAGGUGUGGUUCGAAGAAACACUGCCCAUCUAUAAUCCACUGUAGGUUUCUAAAGGAUAGGUAGGAGACUCACCUUCUUUUGAUUAGUUAGUCAGGCUUAGUUUAUAUGGAAAUUGCUUGUCUUGGCAUGUUGAUGAUCAAUCAACUGGUCAUAUUUUGUGCAUGUUUAGAGCCUGACUUUGUUUUAUAGAGUUAAAUGCUAUUGAAUUUUGGGGUGACAAGGCUUAUAAAUUUGGAAAGAUGACAUUCAAUCAAUGGGACAUGGUGCUAAGAGUUCAAAAUUAAUAUUUUCUACCUUAGUACUUAUUUACUUUAAGGUGCUAGUAUCCAGUUAACCUGCCUAUUAAACUCUUACUUCAAUGUCCCCAUUGUUUCUUUAAAUCCUAUGAUUCCUAUCUUUGUGUGUCAUUUAUUAUAUGGGCACUUCUAGGUUUGAAAAUCUUUUGUAUGGGUAACCUUGGAGAAUCUCUACUUUCUCUAUCAUCAUUAUUGUCCACGCUACAAUGUGGCAAUUGCAUUUUUCACUCUGCUUUCAGAUUCCUGUUGUAAUGGAGGUGAAAGCAGGCAGUAGUUUUCAAUUUGAGAUGACUGACAUUGUGCUUUUAAGAAAUCUAAGUGUUCUUU